UUAAAGAACAUAAUAAAAUGUUUAUUUGCUGGUAAGAAGGUAAUCACACGGACCGAGCCGACUAUAAGAACGCAACCUAUCGGAUCAUCAAAGGAUCUUCUAUUAGGGUUUUAUGCUCGCUUCCUCUGUUGACGCCGACCACCGAUCCGCUCUGAAAUGGGAAAAGGUACGGGAUCUUUUGGUAAGCGGAGGAACAAAACUCAUACAUUAUGCGUGAGAUGCGGCCGAAGGAGCUUUCACCUGCAGAAGAGUACCUGCUCCUCCUGUGGCUACCCUGCCGCUCGCAUCCGCAAGUAUAAUUGGAGUAUUAAAGCAAUUAAGAGGAAGACCGCUGGCACCGAAAGAAAUCUGCGCCACUUACCUCGUAGGUUCAAGAGCAACUUCAGAGAAGGAACCCAAGCUGCACCCAGGAAGAGGGCUGCUACUGCAGCUUCUGCUGCAUUUUAAGCUUUAAUAAUUUUGAUGUUAAUUGGUUUUCGAAGAGUUAUUCUUACAUUGUUGGGUUAGAUUGACUUCAAUUUUCAAUUUAACUAUUAUCAGAAUUUCUCCAACUCUUCUUAGUUUGAAUCGUGAUUGACCUUGUUUUAAUUUCUUAAAUGCAAUGAUGGUUGAUGAAUGAAA